UAUAAUGUCUCCAUUACAUAACGACUAUGUACAAGUACUAUUGUAAAACUAAAUUAGUUAUUCACUACUCUAUUUUGGUUGUUCUAAUUCCUUCAUGAUCUGUUUACGUUCAACCACCUCUUCAUUAACUCGCGAGGUCACAUAAUCUCCCACUCCAGCAACCACCAACGUAGAAAACCCAAUGUAGUAUCUUGCCUUGACUGGCAAUGCCAUCCACUUGUCCCAUAGACCCAUCCUGUAGUUAGUUGAAUUAGAUAUUAGUAAGUGGUAUGUGUUUGACAGAAGGAGUGGUGUUAGUUAGUGAUGGGAAUUUUUCACUCGCUUCCCCAAAUUUUAGUCUAUGCUCAGCUCAUCUCACUGUGAGUAGCUAAACUUAAACACUUAAACAUCCAGUAAUGUCAGAGAUACCGAUUAGUAAACGAUUAGCUAAGACCACUACGGAUUUACCUCCAUGUUGUUUAAGAUAUGCGCCUCAAGAUAAUUCCAUUGUAAUCUUGGGAACUUAUAAACUUGAGGAUAAUGGGAAUAGACAUGGAUCACUUGAAGUUUAUAGAAGUGAUUCUAGUCGACAACUUUCAUUAAUAUCAACAACACCCACAAGAAGUGCAAUUCUUGAUGUUAAAUUCCAUCCUCAAGAUCCAUCUAGAUUGGUUACUGCCCAUUCUACAGGAGAAAUUAUGAUAUGGAAGUUUAAUAGUGAAGAUGUUACAUUAGUUAAACUUGAUGAACUUCAAAUUUUUGAAUCCGAUUAUUUGGUUACAUCAGUAGUGUUUUCUCAUUCUCAACCCAAUACUCUAUUGGCUACAUGUACAUCAGGUGAAUCACUGAUCAUUGAUUUAAAUAAUCAAUCAUUUGAUACUUUAUGUACUAUUCAUGAAUUAGAAUGUUGGACUGGGAAUUUUGGUGAAUUAGGUCAAUUAUCUAAUGUAGUAUAUACUGGAGGUGAUGAUGCUAAAUUAAUUGCGCACGAUUUAAGGUCGAUGGAUAAAAUAUGGUCAACAACCAAUCGUCAUCAUGAUGCAGGUGUAGUAUCUAUAUUGAGUGCUGCGACAUCUUGGAACAAUAGUAAACCUCAUCAAUUAUGGACAGGGUCAUAUGAUGAUCAUUUGCGAAUAUUUGAUCUUAGACUAAUGGAUGCGAAUAAUCCAACUUUAGUUCCUGGAUAUAUACCUAAAUUAAUUAAUCUGGAAAAUUUAGGUGGUGGAGUAUGGCGAUUAAUUCCUAGUCCAAUUGAUAAUGAUGAUAGAGUAUUGGUUUGUUGUAUGUAUGAUGGUGCUAGAAUAGUUAACCCUAUAGAUGAUAAAUUUGAAGUUACCAGAUACUUUAAGGGAGAUCAUUCUAGUAUGUGUUAUGGAGGUGAUUGGGCUAGAGAUACUAAUACUAUAGCAACUUGUUCAUUUUAUGAUAAUAUUCUACAGGUAUGGUCACCCCAUGAUAUUGAAUAAAGAGUAUAUAUAUAUAUAUAUAUAUAU